AUGGAUAGAUUUAAUAGGAUCACACAAGACUUAAUAAACUGUGGUGAGAAAAUCCUAGAUGAGCAAAAGGUAGUUGGUCUACUUAAUGUUUUAGGAGAUAAGUAUAAAGACAUAAGAAAUGCUCCAGAGUAUGGUAGAAGUGACAUAACUGUUGAAAUAAUUCACAAUUUUCUUCUGAAUAGAGAACUGGAAUUUAAAUCUGAAUACAAAGAGGUGUUCAAUGUGGAGGGUGUGUCGCCAAAACAAAGAACACAUGUUAAAGGUGUGAGCAACUUUAGUCAUUCCAAUUAUCAUAAGGAUAAAAAUUUUAUCAAAAAGAAAUGGAGUAAUACCAAAGAAAAAGACAAGAAACCUAGUAAAGGAAAGGCAAAUAACAAGAAGUGCUUUUAUUGUGGAAAAACUAGGCAUUUGAUUAAGAAUUACAUUGACAAGGCUAAUGACCAAAAGAAAUACUCUAAUACAAAAAAUGCUUCAUUGGCAAUUGCUCCUAACUAUAAAGAGGCAAGAGCCAAUAUUGGAGUAGCCUAUGUGUCAAUAACAAAAAAUUAUGAUCAGGACUGGGUCCUAGACUCUGGAUGGUCUGUGAAACUUGGGAAUGAUGAGUCAUGUCAAUUUAAGGGUAUUGGAAAUGUGUUGUUGAAACUUCAAAAUCGUCAUAACAUGUUGUUGAAACAUACAAGAUAUGUGCCAGCACUUAGAAGAAACCUCAUAUCCUAG